GACGUGGAAAUGCUAUCGAUCACAAAGUCCAAGAAAGAUCAUCCACUUUUGCAACACAAUGGUUAUUCCUAUCGCCUGGAUAGACUGAACGAGAACACCGGACAGAGGACAUGGAGGUGCUCGAAAAAAAGCUGCAGCGGUCGAGCCACAACAGCGGGGUGGGACAGUGCACUGACCCUCGUCAAGACCACCGGCGAGCACCAGGGUCACCUGCCGAAUCCCGAUGUCUGUCGGGCAGAGGAAGUGAUUGCUGCGGUCAAGGAGAAAGCCAGGACAACCGAUUAUCAACCGCGAAUGAUGAUUGCGCAAGCUACCAGUGGCCUAACAAGUAAGCAGAGAUAUUUCACCAGGAUUCUAACUAAACAAGUUCUUUAGAUAAUCGUGGUCGUCGUCAUCGCAAGGAAUCCUAUAAAUUUAUAGACAACGACCUAAACUAAAAAGGAUAAAAAUAAAAGUUUGUUUUCUCACUCUCUCUCUCCAGCAGCCCCAAAUACUUUCGU